AUGUCGUCGUCUACGCUCCACACGCCGAUCGUGCUCCAGCGAUUUCACAGGAUGCCCCCAGUGCGCGUCAUUGAGACCGAACCCCAACAGGGCGAGUCUAAUCCGCUCGCCUAUCAGUAUGGCGGGAACCAUAUAUCAGGCUUCCUAUCUCUGUGUCCCAGUUCAUGGAUUCCCUAUGUACAACUCGCUCGUCUUUUCCCUCCCGCCGGGCUGUUCCUGAUCUACUUCCCGCACGCAUUUGGUAUUCUCCAUGCAGCGAUACGCAGCGAUGCUUCGCCGCUGGUGGUUCUGCAGGCCAGCGCCAUCCUCUUUGGAGGCAGUUUUUUCUUCUCCAACGCCGCACACAUCUGGAACGACUUAAUUGACGCCGGUCUGGACGCCCAGGUUGAACGGACCAGCCGUCGCCCUAUUCCACGGGGCGCUAUCUCCUUGUCUGCCGCUCUAGUGUUCGCUACCACCCAAGCCCUCGGUGCUGCUUGGUUCCUGGCCUACCUGCCCCAAGGUUUCGGCCGCGCUGCUCUCUACGCCCUCCCUAACAUCCUCGCUACUAUUUACUACCCAUGGAGCAAACGUCACAUAUACUUCCCGCAGGUCGUCCUGGGUCUCUGUCUUGCUUGGGGCACCGUUAUGGGCGAGCUGGCGGUGGGUGCGCCACCAUUUCACUACUCUUCAGCAACGGGCCCCACACUCGAUGCCUCUGUGGCAUGUCUCUUCUUGGCCUGCGUGGUCUGGACAAUCAUCUACGACACCGUCUACGCGCACCAGGAUCUGCAGGCUGAUCUCCAGGUGGGAAUCAAGAGUCUGGCGGUGCUCUGCCAGGCUCGCACCAAGGCGUUACUGUGGCCGUUGCUGGCGAUCCUGGCUGCAUUGCUGGUACAAUGCGGUCUGCUCAGUGGUUUCAGUCUCGUAUAUCAUAUGCUGGCCGUUGGGGGUGGCACCGUAUCGCUAGCAGUGAUGAUUUCACGGGUGGACCUCAGUUGCAGUUCUAGUUGCUGGUGGUGGUUCAGCAAGGGGUUUUGGUGGGCUGGUGGUGCCAUAUUUGGGGGUUUGCUUCUCGAAUACAUGCAACGAGUUCUUUUCGGAUAUCAAUGA